AUAACAAUAUCUUUAAAUAUCAGGGUUAGGUAGCCACCUGUAUAUUGGUCCCUCUCAAAAUUCCUUAAACCCUUUCACUAGCAAAGCAAACCCUAGCCUCCUCCUCUUUACAAAAUGACUGGAGAAACAGUAAACCCUAAAGCAUACCCACUUGCAGAUGCGCAGUUGUCCAUAACCAUAUUGGAUCUUGUUCAACAAGCUGCUAAUUACAAGCAACUCAAAAAAGGAGCUAAUGAAGCUACUAAGACCCUUAAUAGGGGUAUCUCUGAGUUUGUUGUGAUGGCUGCCGAUACUGAACCUAUCGAGAUUCUUUUGCAUCUUCCGUUGCUUGCGGAGGAUAAGAAUGUGCCAUAUGUAUUUGUCCCUUCAAAGCAAGCGCUUGGCCGAGCUUGUGGUGUCACAAGACCAGUUAUUGCUGCUUCCGUCACAACAAACGAGGGCAGUCAAUUAAGGUCUCAGAUACAACAGCUCAAGGAUGCCAUUGAAAAGCUAUUGAUAUAAACAUUUCAGUACGUGCAUUGGUGUGAUGGGCCUACUCCAGUGGAGGCUUUGACUGAUGAAGUUGUAUCAUUAGAGAACAAAGCUUUUAUUUUUAUAUGAUAUUAAGAUUCUUGGUUUUAUCAGCUUAUUAUGUAUUAUGAGAAAGAUUACUCGGAUGAAGUUUUGCCAGAACUUGAGAAAGUUGUGAGGUUAUUAUGUCAUAUUUAAUGCGAGUUAUUUUCUUGUUGA